AUGGGUACCUUCUCACAGGUUAAGAAAGCAUGCAGAAAUUUGAAAUUUAUUCUGGUUGAAGAUCGUUUACAGCGAUUCGCCAUUAAAAGGAAGAUUAAACAAAGAUCUAAACUACUGCGCAUGAGAGCGAAGAUGAAGAAAGAACGGAUUACGAAGGUGUGCACUGAUUUGGCUGUUUAUGUACGGGACAAUGUUGCAUGCAUGUGGGAGAGUGAUAGCAAGGUGAACAACAUCGCACGGGUGUGGCAGAAUGAGAUGGUUGCAAUCAAUUGGAUGCGGAGUCAUGAAGGAAUCAGAUCUGGAUUGAGGUUUGCUGUUGUUGAAGAUGUUCAGUUUGUAGCUGAUGUUAUGGGCAGUGUGGGAUUGGAUAUGAAACCCAGAAUGGUAGAGAUAUCCGAUGGAGUGUGUGUUGGUUGGAUACGCUUUGAAAAUGAAAGUGAAUGGAAGAUCUGGACAGAGUUGGUGAAGAAACUGAAAACAAUGGUUAGGAUUGUUUAG